GGGCGGGUGAGUGGGUGGGUGAGUGGGUGAGGAGUUGAAGAGGGAGAAAAAAAUAGGGUGCGGGAGGGCACGUUAAAUAGGGCGGUAGUACAGAGACGAGGGAGCCAUGUAUGGACGGGCUAGAACAGCUGAACGAAGGCGGAGAGCGGGGGGAGGAAUGGUUUCGGUGGGAUGGAGACGGGAAUGGGGAUGGCGGCCAAGGAGACAAGGGAGCAUGAAACAAGAAUGGAAGCCCGGAGGUGAAACAGGCGCGACUAGGAUGGGGGCGACGGGAGCACGGAGGGAGAAACGGGGAUUGAAGCUAAAGAGAAGCGAUGCUGCAAAUGCGGUGUGAACCAAGAUGUGGAAGAGAUGCAGUGCGGCGGGGACUGGGGUGGGCGAGAGCGCCAGAGAUGGAGAAAGAAAACAUAGAACAGGAAGAAAGAACAGAGAGAGAGAGAGAGAGAAAGAAAAAAGAGGUGGAGAGGGAGGUAUAUUACAGUGGGUUUGUGUAGGGUAUGCUAUAGGAAAGAUGAUGUGAUGGCGGGAUGGAACGCGGAAAGCACAACGAAACAAACAAAAAAACACCUAGGAGAGACAGAUGGCGGAUCUAGACAGGCCAUGGAGACGAGCGG